GUGCAUCCACCAGGUGACAGAGAUACAAGGGUUCAGUGAUGACCAGAAAGAGGUUUAUUUUACGAAGAGAUUUAGUGAUCAGAGCCUGGCCAGUAAGAUUAUCACACAUGUGAAAUCAUCAAGGAGCCUCUUCAUCAUGUGCCACAUACCUGUGUUCUGCUGGAUUUCAGCCACUGUGCUUGAGGGGUUUUUUAGUGAGACUGGCAGUGGAGAAAUUCCAAGGACUCUGACUGAAAUGUACACACACUUCAUGAUCAUACAGACAAGUUUUACAAAUGACAAGUAUAGGACCCUCGAGACCCAGAAUACAACAAGAUGGUACCGAAAAUGGAUGGCUGGAUGUAUGAAAAACAAUGAAACCAGGCUUAUUAGAAGCUCUAAAUCUGGCAAAAAAUUUAUUGUAAAACUUGGUAAAUUGGCUUUUCACAAGCUUAAGAAAGGGAAUCUCAUAUUUCAUGAGAAAGAUCUGACAAAGAAUGAUAUUGAUAUCAAUGAAGCUUCAGUUUACUCUGGAUUGUGCACAGAAGUCGUUAAAAAGGAAUAUGGGUUGUAUCAGGAUAAGGUGUACUGCUUUGUGCAUCUGAGCAUCCAGGAGUAUCUCGCUGCUUUGUAUGUGUUUCUGUCAAAGUCAUCAGCUAACCUACUGAAGACUGCAGUGGAUCAGGCAUUAGAGAGCAAGAAUGGACACUUGGACCUCUACCUCCGCUUCCUCCUGGGCCUCUCAACAGACCCCUGUCAGAAUCUGUUACAAAGGCUACUGGGAGAGACAAGAACCAGCUCACAUAACAUUAAGAAAAUAACCAAAUACAUCAAGGAGAAAAUAGAAGAGGAUUUAUCUCCAGAAAGGACCAUCAACCUGUUCCACUGUCUGAAUGAACUGGGUGACAGUUCUCUAGUGGAGGAGGGAAAAAAAUACCUAAAUUCAGGAAGCCUUUCAGCAGAAGACCUCUCACCUGCACAGUACUCAGCUCUGGUCUUUCUGAUGCUGAUGUCAGAUGAGGAGCUGGAUGUGUUUGAUAUGAAGAAGUUCUUCAGAAGUGAUGGAGCGCAGUUGAGGCUGCUGCCUGUGGUCAAGAACUCCAGGACGGCUCUGCUAAGUGGCUGUGAUAUCAUAGACACAUACUGUGAACCACUGGUUAAAGCUCUCAGAUCAAACUCUUCACCCCUGAGAGAGCUGGACCUGAGUGUCAAUUACCUGCAGGAUUCAGGAGUGAAGCUGCUCUCUGCUGGACUGGGGGAUUCACACUGUAAAUUGGAGAUACUGAGGUCAGUAUUACAGGGUACUCCAAAUUGUAAGUUGAUGAUACUGAGGUCAGUCCAAUUUGAGAGUACAAAUACUAAACUGUUACUUUAAACAAAGCAAACCAUAAAAGCAACCCUCUCUACACCAUUUCAUGCCCACUAACCAGGUAUAGAUUUCAGCUUUUUAUUUUUCAUGAUGCACAUGAUGGACAUGUUUUGUUUUAGUAUUCUGUUUAGUUUAGUUCAAUUAAUUUUAUAUAACAGCUUUCACACCAGUUGCCCCAAAGCACUUUACAUGGGUGUGUUGUGAUAAGCCAGCAUAAUACAAAAACAUGGGAAAGACAAAGAAAUUAAUUAAAGAAUGCCGGAUGACAAUGGAGGAGAGGAAUUAACUGGCUCAACAAGAUCAACUGGCUACCCAACCCCCCUGGGCAUGCCAACAUUACUAAAAAUAGAAAAGAGUGGGACGUGGGUUAACAUGAGUCUACUCAUCUGUGGGCCCACCACCUGCAGGAGGAGCCAAGGAGGUCUCGGGCAAUGUAGAUCGGGUGACAGUAGGCAAAACUGGAACCAAACUCCUGGAGAGGGGCUGGAUUCUAUUCCACUCUGUAGUUGCCCAUGGGCAGAGGCGUUUGGCAGGAGUGGAUUUAUGUAUAGCCCACCCUAGUUCGAUUCCAGUACCUUGGAGGUUAUGCUGGUGAAUGGAAGGGUCGCCUCCCUUCAACUUCGAGAUGGGGGAUGGGCUCUGACUCUUUCCUUGUGUGUACACACCGACCAACAUUUCAGAGGAUAUGGCCUUCUAGGAGUUCUUGGAGGGUGGAGGCUGGAAGGCACCUCGUCUGGGGACUCUAUUAUUCUGCUGGAGGGUAAUGACAGUGAAAUCUGGAAGGGUGUGAUUGGGAGGAAUGGCCUGAUUGGAAUCUGAGUGGUGAUCAGUUAUUGGAUUUCUGUGCCAACCACAGUUUGUCCAUAACUAACACCAUGUUUGAACAUAAGGGUGUUUAUAAGUACACUUGGCACCAGAGCAAUAGGCUGCAGUUUGAUGAUCGAUUCUGUAAUUUUAUCAUCAGAUCUGCGUCUACAUGUUUCCAUGAAGAAAGGAGCUGAACUGUCGACUGAUCGCCACUUGGUGGUGAGUUGGAUCUGGUGGCCGAGGAUGAUGCCAGAUAGACCUGGUAGAGCCAAACACAUAGUGAGGGCAUGCUAGGAAUGUCUGGCGCAGGCCCCUGUCCAAGAGAUCUUUAACUCACACCUCCAGUAGAACUCCUCUUGCAUCCUGAGGGAGUCAGUUGAUGUUGAGUUUCUAUGGACUAUGUUCUGGGACUCCAUU